UAUGCAAUAAACAAUUGAUUAAGGGUUUUAUCAAAGCAAGGUUUGUGUCAUAGAUAAUGGUAUUUGAUUAAAGUAAAUCGUAGGUACUGGAUUUACAAAGAUGGGAUGGGCUGGAAAUACUGAACCAUAAUUCGAUAUUCCUACUGUUGUGGCAGAUCAUUAAGAAAAAGUAAUUCGAUAGAUUGAUAUUAGUAAAAAGUUUAAAUGAGCAAGAAUACAAAUGAAAAUUUAGAUUAUUACAUAGGAUAUGAAGCAUAUGACUAUACAAAGUCUCACAAUAUCUUUUAUCCAAUGAAGAGUGGUAUUGUAGAAAAUUGGGAUCUCAUGGAAAAGUUUUGGCAUAGAAGUAUAUUUGAUUACCUCAGAGCUGAACCAGAUGAAACAACCUUCAUUUUGACUGAACCACCUAUGGUAAAUAUGCAAUAAUAAUAUAUAGAAUCCUCCUGAAAAUAGAGAGAAUAUUGCAGAAAUCUUUUUUGAAACAUUCAAUGCAAAAGGAUUACAUAUUUCAGUUUAGGCUGUUUUAUCCCUUUUCUCUAGUGCCUUUGCUCCUGUUAAUGAAUAUCAAAAAACAGCUGGAUUAACAGGUAUGGUCUUAGAUUCAGGAGAUGGUGUAACACAUUGUAUACCUGUUUCAGAUGGUUAUGUUAUAGGAUCAUGUAUUAAACAUAUCCCUUUGGCAGGAAGAGACAUCACCCAAUUUAUUUAAACUUUAUUAAAAGAUAGAGGAGAAAAUAUACCUGCAGAAGAUAUCAAAAAAGUAGCUAGAGAAGUUAAAGAAAAAUAUGGAUAUUGUAUAAGUGAUGGAGAUUUAAUAAAGGAAUUCUAAGCUUAUGAUAGAGGAGAUAAAAAUAAAUUUAAAACAUAUUAUGGAAAGAACUCUGUUACUAAAGAAAAAUAUACAAUUGAUAUUGGUUAUGAAAGAUUUUUAGGACCAGAAAUGUUCUUCCAUCCUGAAUUUUUAGAUGGCAAAUGGAGAUCUCCUAUUGAUGAAAUCAUUGAUAAAUCCAUAUAAACAUCUCCUGUAGAUUGUAGAAAGAAAUUAUAUUAAAAUAUCAUUUUAUCAGGAGGAUCUACUUUGUUUGAUGGAUUUGCUUAAAGAUUAGAAUAAUAAGUCUAACUUAGAAUUGACUCCAGACUCUAAAAAUAUGAACAAAGGUCUGGAUUCAAAGUAUUAUCUUCUUCAUUAUAUUAAAGCCUGCACCAAUAAAAGUUAAUGUUACUCAGAAUCCCUUUUAAAGAUAUGCUGUUUGGUAAGGAGGAAGUUUGAUGGCAUUAUAAGUAUAUAUAUUAUAAUUUAAAUAAUAGCCAUAAUUUGAGAAAGUUUAUCAUACAAGAUAAGAGUAUUUCGAAAGAGGACCAUCUAUUGCUAGAUAUAAUGCUGUCUUUUAGCCAUAAUAUUGAAU